AUGCUCCCCAACCCUCACUAUAUGGAGAUGCAAACAGAAAUUCAAUGGUCAAUGCGUUCGGUCUUAAUGGAUUGGCUGGUACAAGUUCACAGCCGUUUUGCGCUGCUGCCAGAGACGUUGUUUCUCACCGUCAACUACAUCGACCGGUUUCUGUCGUACAAGAUCAUCUCGGUCACGAAGCUGCAACUCGUCGGCGCCACUGCUCUGCUCGUCGCAUCCAAGUACGAGGAAAUAAACUGCCCGUCCAUGGAUGAGAUUGUCUUCAUGGUGGACAAUGGCUACUCUCCCGAGGAGAUCCUCAAGGCUGAGCGUUUCAUGCUUAGCAUGCUCAACUUUGAGCUCGGCUGGCCCGGCCCAAUGAGCUUCCUGCGCAGAGUCAGCAAGGCUGACGAUUACGAUCUGGACACGCGGACGCUGGCCAAGUACUUUCUCGAGCUCACGAUUAUGGAUGAGCGAUUUGUCGCGUCACCGCCCAGUUUCCUAGCCGCUGGCGCGCACUGCCUGUCGAGACUCAUUCUCAACAAGGGUGACUGGACCAAGGCCCACGUCUACUUCUCUGGCUACACGUGGAGUCAGCUGAAGCCGCUGGUGACGAUGCUGAUUGAAUGCUGCGAGCACCCCCGUCUACAUCAUGCAGCGGUGUACGAGAAGUACCGCGAAAAGAGGUUCAAGGAGGCUGCGACGAUUGUGCAGCACGCUUUGGACAGCGGAUUCACAUUACCACACCACACGGCGCCGAUGCGGGCGUCGAAACCUCUACUCGUGCAAUUGCACAAUAGUUUGGAACAUUUACAGUACGCAAGCGAGCUUUUACCGCCACUUGAGGGAUAA